AGCGGCGGCGCGACGCGGGGCAAGAUGGCGGCGCCCUGCUGGCGAGCCGCGCUGCUGGGCAGUCGGCGGUGGCGGGGCUUCGGCACCUCGGCUCCCCUGAGCCGCCGGACCGCCCCCCUGGGGCCGAUGCCCAACGAGGACAUCGACGUGGGCAACCUGGACCGGUUGGAGAAGUACCGAAGCUUCGACCGCUACCGGCGCCGGGCGGAGCAGGAGGCGCGGGCCCCGCACUGGUGGCGGACCUACCGGGAGCACUUCGUGGAGAAGCCAGAUCCCAAAGACAAGAUUGACAUCGGGCUACCUCCGCCGAAGGUCUGCCGGACCCAACAGUUGCUGGAGCGCAAACAGGUCCUCCGAGAGCUUCGGGCCAAUGUGGAGGAGGAGCGGGCUGCCCGCCUUCGGACAGCAAGCAUCCCACUGGAGGCUGUGCGGGCCGAGUGGGAGAGAACCUGCGGCCCCUACCACAAGCAGCGCCUGGCGGAGUACCAUGGCCUCUACCGAGACCUGUUCCAUGGUGCUACCUUCGUGCCCCGAGUGGCCCUGCACGUGGCCUACGCUGUGGGGGAGGACGAAGUGAUGCCUGUGUACCACGGCAAUGAGGUCACGCCCACUGAGGCUGCCCGGGCCCCAGAGGUGACCUAUGAUGCAAACCUGGGCUCCCUGUGGACGCUGCUGCUCACCAACUUGGAUGGACACCUGCUGGAGCCGGAUGCCGAAUAUGUCCACUGGCUGGUAACCAACAUCCCGGGCAGCAGGGUGGCCGAAGGGCAGGAGGCCUGUCCCUACCUGCCCCCCUUCCCCGCCCGGGGCUCCGGCUUCCACCGCUUCACCUUUUUGCUCUUCAAGCAGGACAAGCCCAUCGACGUCUCUGAGGACGCCCGGCCCUCGCCCUGCUACCAGCUGGCCCAGCGAACCUUCCGAACUUUUGAUUUCUACAAGAAGCACGAGGAAGCCAUGACUCCAGCCGGCCUGGCCUUCUUCCAGUGCCGCUGGGAUGACUCGGUCACCCACGUCUUCCACCAGCUUCUGGACAUGCGAGAGCCUGUGUUUGAAUUUGUGCGGCCGCCCCCUUACCACCCCAAGCAGAAGCGCUUCCCCCACCGGCAGCCCCUGCGCUACCUGGACCGGUACAGGGACAGUCACGAACCCACUUAUGGGAUCUACUGAGUGGCAGAGCGCCCCCUACCUCAAAGUGAGUGGGCCCGGCCUCCUGAGCCCCCACCCGCGUCAGGCUGUACAUGCAGGAACAGAAGACACGGCUCGCCAGGGCCCUGCCUGAGGAAGCCUCGGAGCCCUCCAGCAGGACCAGGGCUCUGGAGUGAAGGGGCUGGCCCCUCCGGGGGGAAGCAGGGGUGGGGUGUGAAUAAAGCUGAUUUUUGCUGGAGCAGGUCUUGGUCUGUGUUCUGGAAGCAGCAGGAAUCCCUCUGGUGAGACCUAGGGACGUGUGGUGGGAAGAGGGCCUCCUCCCCCCGACCCCCCACCAGGAAGUGACCCCUCGCCUCUGCCUCCUGAGGAUGUCAUGGGCCCUGUGAUCCAGGGGCUGAAGACCAGUUCAAAAGAAAACACUAGUGUUGGCCCCAGGCUGCUCCCACAGGCCUCUUGAAAGUGAGUUGCCAGGGCCUCCCUGGUGCCGCAAGGGGAUAAGACGCAACCUAUGAAGCUAUCCGCAGCCACUGCAGCACAAGUUCAAUCCCCAGCCAGGGAGAAACCCACAUGGCGCAGCAGACCUCUCCUGACUCACCUGCUGCUGCCUGUUCUGUUCCCCACUCUGUCUCUGAUGAGUCCUCUCACCCUCCACACCUCUGGCCUGUACCCCAGUUCUUGUAUGCUUACAUAAGUAAAUGGUGAAAAAGUGAGUUGCGAGCCUCCCCCAUGGUGCAGCGGUUGAGCGCUGGGCUGCGAAGCUGCCCGCAGCCU